ACAGGUAAUAAUUGUACCUUUUUUUUUUGUUGCUUUAAACCUAGACACUUUCAACGGGAUUGCCAAAAUACCUUCUCUUUUCUAACUUCAAAUAUCACCAUCUUGUUCAACCUCUAUAUGGAAAAAAAAACUUAGCUUUAUUUUUCUUCUUUGUUCCUUGAAGAAAAUGGCUUUUUCUUCAUUCAAAAAGGAGUUUUGAAGACACCCUUUUGGAUUUUGAAGUGAUUUUUGAGGUAAAAAAAGAAUCUUGGGGAUACCCUUUUGGAUUUUGAAGUGAUUUUUUUAGGUAAAAAAAGAAUCUUGGAGAUACCCUUUUGGAUUUUGAAGUGAUUUUUGUUGAAAAAAAGGAGUCUUGGAGAUACCCUUUUGGAUUUUGAAGUGAUUUUGGAGGUAAAAAUGGAGUCUUGAAGAUACCCUUUUGGAUUUUGAAGUGAUUUUUGUGAUAAAAAAGGAGUCUUGGAGAUAUCCUUUUGGAUUUUGAAGUGAUUUUUGUGAUAAAAAAGGAGUCUUGGAGAUACCCUUUUGAUAUUUGAGAAAAAAAAGAAUGGGAAAUUGUGGAAGAAAUGGAGGAGUUAGACAAUAUAUAAGAUCAAAAGUUCCACGUUUGAGAUGGACACCUGAUCUUCAUCAUUGUUUUGUUCAUGCUAUUGAAAAACUUGGUGGCCAAGACAAGGCUACACCUAAGCUUGUUCUUCAGAUGAUGGAUGUGAGAGGACUUACUAUUUCUCAUGUCAAAAGUCAUCUUCAGAUGUACAGAAGCAUGAAGAGUGAUGUCAACAGGCAAGCAGCAGAGAGAAUGAGCAUUCAACCAAGAAAACAACAGUCUUUAGAAGAUCUUGAUUGUCAUUAUCAACAACAAGAACAAGAAGAGGGGUGUGUUGAACAACAAAAGCUUAUGAUUUUCCAAUAUCCAUCUUUUAGCAGCAGCCCCAAUAUGGAGAGAUCAGAUUCUACACCAUACUUUAACAGUGUUCAACCCACAAAAAGAGCUAGAAUAGAGAGGUGCAGCAGCCAGAGAAUACGUGAAGCAGUGACCAAUCAGUACAACAGUAGAAAUGAUUAUAUCCAUAGUAUUAUGGCUGAGAAAAAUGAAACAACACAUCCAUUGUGCAAUAGUACUACUCAUAUCUUUAAUCCUUUUACAAGAAGCAAUGAAGUUCAAGAUUCUCAAUUUUUCAAGGCAUUCGAGGGCUCGAGGAAGAUGGAAAAUGUUAGAGAAGAAGAAGAAGAAGUCGAGGAUGAACGUGGAUUAUCAUUGUCUCUAUCAUUGUACCAUCCUUCAACUCAGAGAAGUAACGCGUCGUCCAUAAUAAGUGAAAUUAGUGAAGCAAUUUCUUCAUACUCAGGAGGAGGAUCCAAUUUGAAUCACCAUCAGUAUCACUGGCUUUCUUUAUGUGAAAAGCAAAAUGUUAAUCUUAAUCUAUCUAUUGCCUUGUGAAAAAUAAUUGUAUUCCAUGUAAAAUUAAAUUCCCCCCCUUUGGUGAAUUUUGAAAUUUUAGUCUUAUUUUAAGGGGUGAAUUUUCACUUUUUUUUACUGUUGUGUUUCUCUCUAUCUUUUUUAUUUUUAUUUUGGUUAUUAUUUGUUGUAUUUUGUUCAUGUUGAUAUUAGAGAAACACUUCAGUAA